AUGGAAGAAGAGGAGUUGCAAAAGAGUAUUGAAUCUAACGAUAGGAAAGCUGAUGAAUUGGAAGAAACAAUCGAAGACUUGAAAAGAGAUCUGGAAAUGAAAGGAGAUGAAGUGAGCUUGCUGAUCGAGAAUCUCAACACAAUUGAUGAAGACUAUGGGCACUUUGAGAGCCGUGUUUAUGAAAUCUUGAACGAGUUUCAAGUUGCAAAGAACAGGGUCAAUGAGGCAAAUAUUGAGAAACAACAACUAAAGGAUGAGCCUAGCACCUUGAUCGAGCAACUACGAGAUUGGAAAGAAAAGGAAUUGGUCUUGAGAGAAAGGGUUAGAGAAUUGGAAGAAACAAUCGAAGACUUGAAAACAGAUCUGGAAAUGAAAGGAGAUGAAGUGAGCUUGCUAAUCGAGAAUCUCAGCACGAUUGAGGAAGACUACUACCCCACCUCUACCGAUGAGAUCUUCUACAACAGCCAGAUCAGGCUUGUUUUCCCUAUUUUUGGCAAAGAUUUGUCGUUUUCUGAUGUUGAAAAUUGUAAAGGUGAAGUUAAUUCUUCUAAGCCUCCCACUCCAUCGUCGAUUUGGAUUCCCAAGGACCGCGAUCCUCCGUUAUGCUCCUCCUCCGAAGUUGACGAGCUCGACGGAGUUCCGACAAGAAACUACUGCAUCUGGAAACCGAAAUCUGAUACGUCUGCGGUGGCGGUGUUGCUAGAGAGAUGUAAGAAGAGCAACUCGACGAGAUCAUCAAAGCGGUGGAAGUUUCGCGAUCUUCUCUAUCGGAGCAACAGCGACAACAAGGACACCUUCAUCUUUCUCGCUUCUUCGAAUGCCGAUUUGAAGAAGAAGAACAAUAAGAAGGCCUCGGAGAGAGCAACAGAAGUAAAAGUCGCCAGAAAAGUGAAGCUGAUGGUGGCAGGAGGAGGAGUGACGGUGGCGCAGGAGGGAGAUCGGAGUCAGUUGUUGAUGCCGUACAGGCAAGAUUUGCUAGGGUUCUUUGCUAACGUGAACAGGUUGAGCAGAAAUCUCAAGGAAAUUGGAAAUGCUCUCAAAGGUAUUAUCUUGUAG